AUGGCUCCCCCAGGCAAUCUUCUCUCCGUUUCUGCAAAGGAUAUCAUUUGGCCCAACAUCUUCAACCAGACAAUGCCUCUUUCCAUGUGCAAUGACCCAUGUCAUUUAGGCUAUAGCAAGCUAAAAAUAGAAGGGAAAUCAUCUUGCUGCUAUGACUGUGUCCUGUGCCCAGAAGGGAAGAUGACCAACCAAAUGGGAAAGUACGUAGAUGACUGUUUCCCAUGUCCAGAGGAUCAAUAUCCAAACAAGGAUCGGGAUAGUUGCCUUGCAAAAAGUAUAACUUACCUGUCUUUCCAAGAACCUUUGGGCAUUUCCUUGGUAAUGAUCGCAGUCUCCUUUUCUGUCAUCUCAACUUUGUUGCUGGGGAUCUUCAUUAAACACAGGGACACUCCCAUCGUCAAAGCCAACAAUAGGAACCUCACCUAUGUUCUUCUUGUUGCUCUCCUGCUCUCCUUCUUUUGUACUUUCCUCUUCAUUGGGCAACCUGACCAAGGGAAAUGUCUCAUGCGACAAACCGCUUUUAGCAUCACCUUCUCAGUCGCCCUUUCUUGUAUCUUGGGUAAAACAACCAUAGUGGUUCUUGCUUUCAUGGCUACCAAGCCAGGCUCCAAAAUGAAAAAAUGGUUAGGGAAAAGUCUGGGCAACUUCAUUGUCCUUUCUUUCUCCCUGGCGCAAACAACAAUCUGUGUUGUGUGGCUGGCACUUUCUCCCCCAUUUCCAGAUUCUGACAUGCAUUCAGUGGCUGAAGAAAUUGUCCUGGAAUGUAAUGAAGGUUCAACUACAAUGUUUUAUUUUGUCCUUGGGUUUAUGGGAUUCUUGACUGCUGUCAGCUUCACGUUGGCCUUCCUAGCUAGGAAUUUACCUGACAGCUUCAAUGAAGCCAAAUUUAUCACCUUCAGUAUGUUGGUCUUCUGUAGUGUCUGGAUAUCAUUUGUUCCCACCUAUCUAAGUACGAAGGGGAAAUACAUGGUGGCA